GAUACUAGUAUUUACGGCCAGGCGUACGCCUCUUAGUGAAACGCAGCCUACGCCGGACUAAAUUUUGGCGUAUGCCCUAAGGCCUAACUUAAGUUUCGUCGUAUCUUACGCCUUUUAGUGAAACGGGCCCCUGGGUGGUGCGUCAGCCGGUCACGGACCAGACAAAAACGAAAGUUGAUUUUGUUUGCGGUCAUAUUUUCUUCGAGAGGGUUUUUUCUUUCAUAAUGCGAGUGAUCUGCAUUGUGUGAGAGUGCGCAGAUGAUGGAAUCAAAAAAUGAAGCCCAGCAUUCGGUGGAAUGUGACCUGUGUCAGCAACCAGUCUCGUUUUUCUGCAGACGAUGCGGGGUCAAUCUCUGUGACCCCUGUGUCACGAUACAUCUACGCGUGAAAUCUAAGAACGGCCAUGACAUUGUAGAUUACACCAGCAAGGAUGAUGACGACACAUGCCACUGUGAUUCCCAUCCCCAAAACGAUUGUUCCGCGUACUGCAAAACUUGUGAUGCUCCGAUAUGCAUCCUCUGUGUAUCAAUCAAACACAAAUCGCACGAGAUGUCCGAGUUGUCCGAUAAAAUUGAAGAACUUUUAAAAGUUAUCGCAAAAGAAAAUGAUCGACUUCAGUCAUCCAAAAAUGAAUUAGAAAAAAUUCUUGAACACACGACGAAUAUGUUGUCCUCGAUAUCUUCGUUUUACAAACAGCGGAAAGUUGAAGUUACAGCACAUGGAGAAAAGUGGCACAAACAGAUCGAGGAGACCGUGAAGAAACUUCACCAGGAACUGGAUGACAUGCAAAAGGAACACGAGGCUGUACUACAGAAACAAAAGAAAGAGUUUGAGAAAAUGAUUGGAAAAGUAAAUGAAAUGAACGGGAAAACAAUAAAAUUACAGAAAUCAAAAAACGUCAAAGAAAUGCAGACUUUUGUACCAGUGAUUCAGAAUCGGAAGAAUUUAAGUGAGGUCUCUCAGUAUUCGUUUCCGACAUUUUAUGAAUGCAAAAUAGAUCCAAAUUAUUUACAAACUUAUUUCGGAUACGUUGAAAAAAUGCAGGUAAAAAAAACUUCGCUUUUGGAAAAUGAAUUCAAAGACAAUGAUUUACCGGGUAGAAGAAUAUUAGAGGUACCAACAGUUACCUCUGUUAUAGACACUGGGUUCCCUGCUGAUGAAAAGUAUAAAACUCGUCUGUAUGGCAUGGCCGUUACCGACGAUAACAAAGUGUGGAUGGGAGGAUAUAGCACAGAACUGAGGUUGUUUAAUCUCCAGGGACACCUCCACCACACCGUCAGCAUUACUUGUCUAGGCAUGUUCUUAUGUAUGUACAACAAACAAGUAGUGUACUCUGGAAUAAAAGACGUGAAAAUGAUAUCUGACACCGACACUGUGGUGACGAUGUUCACUACCGGGGACUGGGAUCCAUACGGCGUCACAAGCGCAGCGUCCGGUGAUCUACUGGUCUGUCUCAGUAAUGACGAUCAGUACAAAGUCGUCCGAUACAGCAGUACUGGUACCGUGCUCCAGGAAAUCCGGUACGACUCGCAGGGUCAACCUCUGUACAAAAACGCGAAAUACAUCACUGAGAAUGUCAACGGGGACAUCAUUGUAACUGACUGGGAGAAAGAAGAAGUCAUUGCUGUCGAUAGAUUAGGCAUAUUCCGCUACUCGUACUCGGGUGUUUCAUCUUCUACGGUAACCACUGAUUCUGUCGGUCACGUCAUCGUUACAGAUUAUAACGGACAGAAGAUUCACAUGCUGGACAGAGACGGACGAUUCCUGAGGUACAUCAUUCCUAAAGGAGGAAUAGAAGAUCCACGCGGCGUGUGUAUCCUUGGUCACGGUGAGAUGAUGGUGGGAGAGACUAAGACCGGAAUCGCAAAAAGAAUCAAAUACUUAAAAGAAUGAAUGCACGUCUGUGUUAUUUCUCACUCUGUUACAAUAACAGUAAUGGGUAUUUGACUUUUAUGACUUUGACUUUUACUGUUUGUACAACUAUACUGUAUAUGUCUAGUAUCCAUAUACAAUGAAGUAUAAGACUAAACUCAUCCUAUAUUUAGAAUGUAAAGCGAAAACCAACCAACCAAAAAAAACAACCUAAUGCCACAAAGCCGCUUAAUCAAUGAUAAAAUUUAUGCAUCAUUAGAUGUUGCGAUGUACAAAAUAUUAAGAUUACACAAAAUAAAACAAUUGAAUAAUAUUA